GUGAGGGGGAAAUUGGGUCGGUGGGGAAGGAGAGGAUGAAAUAAGAAGCUGGGAGGUGAGAGGUGGAAGAAGUAAUGGGCUGAAGAAGGAGGAAACUGAUUGGAUAGGAGAACAGACCAUGGGAAGGAUGAAGGGCACCAAAGGGAGUGAUGGUCAGGAAAGGAGGAGAGAAGGGGUGAGAAGGAAACCAGAAUGGGCAAUGGAAAAGGAAAGACGAGAGAGGGAGUAGAAAUUGCUAGAAGUUUGAGUAAUCAGUGUUGGAGGCUACCCAAAUGGAAUAUGAGGUGCUUCUCCUCCACCCAAAGCUUGGGCUAAUUAUGACAGUUGGGGAGGCUGUGCACCGACUGUUGGAAUGGGAGUGGGAAGUUGAAUUGAAAUGGGCGCUCACUGUGAAUGACUGCUCCUUUCCCGUCUUGAUGAAGGGUCUCAGCCCAAAACGUUGACUGCUGAUUCAUUUCCAUAGAUGCUGCCUGACCUCUUGAGUUCAUCCAGGGGUCUGCCAUGGAGCAAUGCCAUUAAACAAGGGUUCCCUGGACCCCAGGGGAGGAACCCCUGCUCGAGAACUUUGUGUGAGUUCCAUAAGAUUUCCAGCACCUGCAGAAUCUGUGCAUUGUAAGUGGGUUAGUACAGAUUAGAGGGCAGAAAGGCCUGGUGACUCCACGACCUCGCUGUCGACGUGGAGGUGGGGACGUGAGGAGGUUUGUCCACAGCUGCUGACUCUGGACGUUUCUCUCCCCGCAGGCAGACGGGCGUAGGUUUCGCCAACACCAUGGCUCGGGUGGGCGCCAUAGUGGCACCGAUGGUCAGGCUGAGCGGCGACUACCUCCCCUUCAUGCCCAUGACCAUCUACGGCGGGAUGGCCAUUCUGUCCGGAGCAUUGGCCUUUGGUCUCCCGGAGACCCUCAACACCCAGCUCCCGGACACGGUCGAGGAUGUCGAGAGCAGGUGGAGAUCGGGGAAGGCGCCAAAGGCGGAUGUGAUCCCGGAACCGGGAGCGCGAAUUCCCCUGGUGGAACAGAGGCCCUGAACCGGAACACCGCCUGGUGCUCUCGUCAACACAGCUCCGCAGAUGGACAGGAGGAGAGUGAAGGGGCCGAAUGCCGGCUCCUGCUACUGUUUGCCCAGAUGGAUAUUGUGACUUGUACCUCCUGUACCUAAUAAAGUGGACACUGGGUGUAUGUUCAUGGUCUUCUGCUGCUGUAGCCCGUCCACUUCAAUGUUUGACGUGUUGUGCAUUCAGAGAUGCUCUUCUGCAGCCACUGUUGUAACGUGUGGUUAUUCGAGUUACUGUCACCUUCCUGUCAGCUUGAACCAGUCUGGCCAUUCUCCUCCGACCCCUCUCGUUAACAAGGCAAUUUCACCCACGGAACUGCCACUCACUGGGUGGUUUUUGUUUCUCAAACCAACCUCUGUGAAGUCUAGCCUUUCCCAACCCAAGCACUUCCACACUUUCCAACACCCCUCUUGGUCACAAUAUACUUACCAGCACCCCCAUAGUGUAAAAACGUGUCUACCGUAUGCUAACUUGAGAAAAGUGAUCAAAUUUUUUUUGUCUUUAAGCCUAGCUUACACAGUACCUGUGUGCUGUACAGCAGCUUUGAUAUCAACGUGACCCUUGAGCUUGAUGGUUUUUAGCAAGAGUUGAAAUAUCUGGUUCAAGUUGUGAAGGCAAAAGCCUUCAGUCCCCAUGUGUAACAAUGUCCAAGUGGUUUCUGAUUUCUGUGAGUACGUGGUUCACUGUACUGAAGCCUCUUUCAACAAGGUAGGAGACUGGAAAUGCAAUGAAGAGCAGCUUGGCUCUUCUCCAAAGACCAAGAAACAGAAGACAGAGGAGUAGACUUAGGCCAUUUGAC